GGAAUAGGAGACCUGAAUCUGGCUUACCAGUGUUUCAAGCUAACAUUAGUCAACAAUAACGACUAUGCGGAAGCUUACAACAACUUGGCUGUGCUGGAAAUGCGAAAAGGUCACAUUGAACAGGCAAGAGCUUUACUGCAGACUGCUUCAUCCUUAGCACCGCAUCUGUAUGAGCCCCAUUUCAAUUUUGCAGUACUCUCAGAGAAGGUUGGAGAUCUUCAGAGGAGUUACACAGCUGCUCAGAAGUCAGAAGAAGCUUUUCCAGGCCAUGUUGAUACACAACAGCUCCUCAAACAGUUAAAGCAGCACUUUGCUAUGCUCUGA